AUGGCCAAAGCCGUCGAGCGAAUAUUCACGGAAAUCGGCGACAAUUCGCGGGUUCUCGCGGCACGAAACUGUCCAGGCCGGCCGCCUCUUUCCCUGCUCGACCCGCCCUUCCAUCCCUCCCGUCCGAUCUGCGCCCCCCGCCUUCCACACGUCCUCGCCCCUCCCGCCAGAAACGGCCAUCCGCAUCCCUCAUCCGUCCUAGCUGCCCGGCGUCCCCCAGGAUCCACAUCGGGCGGGGACGCUCCUCCGCUUUCCAGCUCUCCUCCCCGAGCUUAUCUUGGAAUCGGCUGUCAGCCCCCCGCGCGACCCUCGAGUCCCACGCACUCACCGUCGAAGAUCUCCCCCCGUGCGAUCCUCGAGAGCCGGCGCUUGACAGACGCCGGCAAGCAACGCCAGUCGCUGCCAGCCCCCGCACAGCGUCCUUCACAAUUCACACCCUACGCGCGCCGCGAACCACCUCCGAAGCCAAGAAUCCCGAUCGCAUCCGCGCCGUCCAGGCAGUCAGUCCCCAACCAGUCCCCUCUGCACGUCCGGGAAAAGAACCCCUCGUCCCGAACGCUCGCGGCUCCCCGUCUCGCUGUCAGCGCGCCACGCACACCCUGGACGGCGCGGUUCGACGGGAGUUGGCCAUCAGUCGGAUCGACAACUACUGUCACUUGUCAUGCCCGCUUUUUGCCUCUCCGCAUCUCCGCUGCUCGUGCGCGCGUCAUUCCCGAGGCAUGGAACCAGCCUAAGGACGCUCAUACGCAGUUCGUCGUGCAGGACGAACGCCAGUCGCUGGGAGAUGUGGAUGCGAGACAGACGUGGACGCCACAAGACCCCCGAUAUAGCCAGUCUUCGCGACUGCAGAAUCGCGAGACUUCCAUCGCCCCCGCCGCGACGGUCCCAGCGCAUCAGCGCCGAGGUCCCGCUGGGACCUGGGCAACACGCACCCGGCCGCGCUCGAUGCGACGGAAUUCGAUCGCUUUCGCGGUCGUCACCGCCACUUCUCACGUCGUCUCACGCGACGCGACGCCAGGCGACGCCCCGAACAGAGCGUUUCCGUGA